UCACUGUUGUAUUAAAGAUUAUUUGCUCGAGUCAAACUGACCACAUCCUGUGAUACAAGUGUUUUUAUACGUACUCUGAAGGGAAUACCAGAGUCACACGAGUCGAACUGAUGCAUUCUGGAUACAACUGUUUUGAUAUGCACUCUGAAGUGAAAUUCCAGAGAUGCUCGUAUUAAGAGUAAUUUUUGAGUGGAUUGCGGGAUAUUGGGAACUUGUACCAAAAAGGUCAGGCCGAUCUGCUACAGAGCAAACAAAUCAGGGAGACACAUGGAAGGGGAGCUGUAUUGAUGACAUUGGGACACUGCUUAAGAACUGGAUAAAAUGGGAGAAAAGCGAACACGAUGUAAAAACAUCAGGAAUAACUACGCUGAACUCAGACCCUCUCGCACAGACAGACAAACAGAGAUUAUGGGAGGUGGAAAAUUUCGGAAAAGAAACAGGUGGGACUGAUAACCCCGAAGUCAGAGUGAGACAGAAUAUUAAAACUAAAUCACCAGGAGAUUCUGUACUAAUAACGCGAGAAAGGGCGGAGCCGAAGCUCCGAGGCAACUCUCCAGGAAAACGCACACCACGCACAGACGGCCGACACAAACAUCGCGACAGGCACGACGCACCAGACAAAUAUAAAUCAAACACCCCACAAAAACCACAUAAGUAUGAGCCAUGGGACAAACAUGAGUCACCGAGCAAAGUUGACCCACGUUAUAGGCGCAAAAUACACUACAAAAAUCAUGUUAAGCAACGCCACCGUGAUGUUAAUGACUCAUCCGAAUCUGACUCGGAUGACGAUGAUCAACUUUCCGAAUAUUCGUUCAGUAGUAACACUCUGAAAUUGAUGGACAAAGCUCUCGUCAGAAUUCCCUAUUUUGAUCCACACAAUAAGAACAGGGACAUUCACACUCACAUCGCAACGGUAGAAGCAGAAGCAAUGAUCAGGGGUCUGAGGAAAACGGAUGAAAAAGCGAGUUUGCUGAAACGCAGCUUGCAUGGACAGUCCAUAUCAUGGGUAAAAUUGCUACCAUACGAGGUUCGGAACGAUUUUAAAAAGCUGAGCCUGGCAGUGAUUCGGAAGUUUGGAGAAUAUUCAACACUGUCUGAGGGAUUUAACGCUGCAAAAUCUAUGACCCAGUGUGCAGACGAGGAUCCUCGGGAUUACCUCAUGCGAUUUAAAAUAGCGUACUAUGCGGGCGAUGUGGAUCAGUAUCACGAAGGUGACAAAAGGUUCAAAAUUAUGUUUUUUGGAUCUUUGAGUCCAGAGAUUACAGAAAUUGUGGGAAUGGUCUUGAAUCCAGAGACAGCCUCCUUAGACCACAUAGUGGAUCGGGCACACAUGGCUUGGCUGUACCGGGCUAAAAACAAUGAUUUCACAGCACACAGUGAACGGGACAAGGCAACCAGCCUAUCAGAGGAAAAUAAAAAACAUGUGAGGCAUUUGAUGCACACAGGCCCACAGUGCAGAAAACAAAAAGCACCCACGGAUUACCAACAUAAUUACAUGCACGGGUGGUCAGAUAACAAUUACACGAGAUCGGAAGAGCACACGCGUGUGUGGGUGUCUGCGCGCGAGCGCAAAGCGCUACUGUAG